AUGGAAUCAAAUAGAACGCGCAAAGGGCCGCUGCCUGGAGGUCGCCAGGGCGCGUCUGGAGCUGGUGCUGGACGCGACAGCAUGCGAACCGCCAGCCGAGCGCGAGGUGCUGCACGACCACCCAGCAGGUCCUCGCAUCCAUCAUCCCCACCAGCUGGCUUGGUGUCGGCAGGGUCUUCGCGGGCUCAGCAAUCGGCACCCGCCACUGGUGGAGUACGCCGCAUGCGUUGGACAACCCAGAUGAACAACAACGCAUUGCGGGCGUUUUUUAGGGCAAAAGGGGGAGAAACUGGAGGUUUUGCGUAUCGGGCAAGGAUGCAUCGACUUUUUGCUGAGCUGGAGCCAUCUGUAACCGUCACCGAGCAAAACCUGGCAGACCGAGUUCGGUAUAUCUUGCGCUCAAAUACAUUUGAUGUCACCGAACUCGAACGGCUACGACGUGAGGCUGUUCCUUCAUCGGGUGAAAAUGCUGCGGCUGAGGAUGCGGCGCCACAACUUGCUGAGCAAACGGCAAAUGUGGAUGCCGCCGUGAAUACGCCAGUUGUGGUUGAUUCAAACGAUGAUGGAACAGUCGCCCAGGAACUGGAACUAGAGCAAAUGAGGAGUACAUUGGAAGAGGCGAUUGUGGAAACGCGCAGUACGACUCUCGAAAAUCGACCGCGACUUCCCCGCUUAGCCCUAAGCAAGCGGAAUCGGGCUGUCGUGAGGGCUCUGAACCCAAUGCUGGUUACCUAUUUGGAAGCCAGCCGGGACCUUUGCGAGACGGACUCAAUUCUUUUUGGCGCCGCACUGGCAGUCUGCCGUAUUAUAGGUGCCAAACUUUCCACGGCUGGACGCGCUACUGGACAAAGUAGUGCUAUCCCAGCCUGGAGAAUAAGAAUUGAAGAACGUAUCGCAAAGGCUAGGGCCCUAAUCGGCAGACUGAUAUGCUUCAGGUCAGGCAAUACCAGACCAAGGAUUGUGCGCAGCUUCAGGAUGGCGUUUGCUGGGACAAACUAA